AUGAAGUACACGACAUACAUCUUGGCCGCGUUACUAUUAGUAACGCUGUGGUCGACAGAUGUGGACAGCAGACGAGUGAACGUGAAACCUGCGGCUUCUGAUGACGUUCAACAAGACGACGCGCAGGCUGCUGCCGACGAUGAACAGCAACAGCAACAAUUCAAGCCGGUGUUGAUCGCGCGCAGGCCGUUGCAACACAGACCGCAGGUGGACAUCGAAGCCGAACGGCAACCGGUGGUUGUGGUCCGACAAACGCCCAGGGUGUUGCAGCAGCGUGCCCGCGAACAGCAGCAAGAAGCUGCCGCCGACGAAGAAGACGAACAGCCGCAGGUGAUCAUCAGACAACAGCACCAGCCGACGAAAGCGGGUCCGAGGUCCCAGUCGCCACAUAAUCAGCAACUCAUCCAGCAACGGCUCAAGCAACAGGAACAGCCACAGCAGCAGAAAGAGCCGACCGCGCAGACCAUCCGGAACUUCAACAAGCUGAACGACGACGGUUCGUUCACGUUCGGUUACGAGGCGGACGAUGGUAGCUUCAAAGAGGAGACCAGGGGCACGGACUGCGUGGUCAGGGGCAAGUACGGUUACGUAGACCCGGACGGUAACAAACGGGAAUUCACGUACGUGCAGGGUAACCCGUGCGACCCGAACGCGGUCAAUUCCGAGGAAGACGACGACCAACCGGGCAAACCGAGUGAAAAGGAGAACAUUCCGGCCAACAUUCCCGUGAACGCUGGCAGGCCCAAGCCCAAGAAGAACCGUCCGACCACCACCUUGUUCCAACAGACGUUCGGCGAUUUCGAACCACAGCCACAGUCGCAGCCAUCAACGACGCCUCGCCAGCCCGGCAGACAGCAGAUGCAGCAGCCGUCGUUCCAGGAAAGUCCCAGGAGACCACCCCCGCAGAUAUUGUCAUCGACCACCGCUGCUCCACCACAACAAUUCAUAUCGGGUGCUGGAAACUUAGAUUCGGCCAUCCGUAACUUGCCGCAACCAUCAUCGCCGUCGGGCAAGGUGCAGCUCCAGUCGCCCACCGGGCCAAACUCAGCGCUGUACACCACCGAACUGGUUUUCGACCCAGCCACCGGCCAGUACAACACGGUCAUAUUCCAACAGGUGCCCAAACAGCAGGCCGGCAUCAACAUCAACCAACGUCUGCCCCUGCAGGGAGCAACGGCACCGGCUAGACAACAGCAGCCCCUGCCCCAGCAACAGCAGUUCCGUCCCCAGGCCCAGCCGCAAUUCCAACAACCACAGUUCCAACAACCACAACCGCAAUUCCGGCCGGCGGUCCAACCGUUCCAGCCGCAGUUCCAGCAGCAGAGACCUGCCGAGUUCGACUUCCAGAGGCCAGCCGCCGCAUUCCCGGGAGCCCCAGGCCCUCAACAGCAAUUGGUGCAGCAACAACAGGCCAUGGCGUUCCAACAGUCCCAAAACCUGUUCAGACAACAGCAACAGAAACAGCAACAGCAGCAGCAAUCGUUCCAACCGCAGUCGUCGCCGCAGUUCUUCCCGCCACCAUCGCAGCGUUUCGAACCGGCGUCGCAGUUCGCCGCCAAGCAGCCGCAGCGGUUCGAACAGCAACCGGAAGCGCAUCAGCAGCAGUUCGUGCUCGUCCAGCCCGGCAGGACGCCCGGACAACAGAGCUUGGCCGCCGGCCAGAUCGACGCGUUUCUAAGAGGCCACAACGUGCAGUUCUAG